GCUGCAGGAACCACAUCGCUCGAGUGUGACAUUUCGAAGUACCUCACAACGCCAAAAACCCCUGAACGAGCCCGCAAGCACAUCAACUACAAAAUAAAAGCAAAUCCAGUUUUGACUGCUGCAGAACGUCUGGAAGAUAUCCGAAGGAUCGAAGAGGAGAAAAAAAAUCUCCUUCAGAGGAGGAUUGAAAUCGCUGAAAAAAAAGUGCAACAGAAGGCAGAGAAUGAAGUUGAAAAGAAGAAAAAGGCCGAAGAACGUAAGAGAAAAGCGGAUGAAAACAAAGCAGCAAAGGAGGAGAAGCAGAGAAGGAUUGAAGAGCGGAAGAAACAAAGAGAAGAGAAAAGGGCAGAGGUAGAAAAGGAAAAGAAGAAGAGGCUUGAAGAGCGCGAGAAAAAAGCAGCAGAACGGAAGCAGAAACAGGAAGCAAUUGAAGCGAAAAAGAGAGAGAAGAAAGCUAAAAAGAAAGAAUUGGUACAGUUAGAGCGAAUGACAUCAAGUGACGAAGAUUCGGAGUCAUCCGAAGAAGGCGGGGUUGAGAUCGAAGAUGAUGCCUAAGUUUGUAGUUGUUAAGUUGAAUCUACGCUGUCGUUGAAUAAAACUUUUGUUUGUUGUGUUUAAUUCAAGUUUUUUAUUUACCUUUUCCUCUCUUUUCUGUAAAAAAAACUGUUAACUCUCAUUUUUAUCAUUUUUAAAACUACCUCUUUGAACCGUUCCAAACGGUUAGACAUCCCGUAAUUUUUAUUAUUAUUAUUGUAAACCCAUUUUUCAACAUCGGCCUUGCGUUCAAUUUAGAAUUCAAGUAUUCAAGUAAUAAAAUGCUUUAAAAAGUUAGCAAACAAGCUAUUAUAACAUUUGGAAAACAAUUUGUUUCUGUAGAAAGCAUCAGCAAAUUUGAUGGAAAUAGAGCUGAAUCCAAAUUGGGUUCAAAUUGAACCGAUUCCUUAAAAAACCAAACAUGUGAGUAUU